CGCAGUCGCCGCCGCCGCCGCCGCCGCCGCCGUCCCGGGGCCGCCGGAGCGGCCGCACCGGGCGAUGCGAUGACAACGUCCACCCUGCAGAAAGCCAUCGACCUGGUCACCAAAGCCACUGAGGAGGACAGGGCCAAGAACUACGAGGAGGCACUGCGGCUGUACCAGCACGCCGUGGAGUACUUCCUGCACGCCAUCAAAUAUGAGGCUCACAGCGACAAGGCCAAGGAGAGCAUCCGAGCCAAGUGCGUGCAGUACCUGGACCGGGCGGAGAAGCUGAAGGAGUACCUGCGGAGCAAGGACAGGCACGGCAAGAGGCCUGUCAGAGAAGCACAGAAUGACAACAAGGGGAGUGACAGUGACAGCGAGGGCGAGAACCCUGAGAAGAAGAAGCUGCAGGAGCAGCUGAUGGGUGCCAUCGUGAUGGAGAAGCCCAACGUGCGGUGGAGCGACGUGGCCGGGCUGGAGGGAGCCAAGGAAGCCCUGAAGGAGGCCGUGAUCCUGCCCAUCAAGUUCCCACACCUGUUCACAGGGAAGCGCACGCCCUGGCGCGGGAUCCUGCUCUUUGGGCCACCUGGCACUGGCAAGUCCUACCUGGCCAAAGCCGUGGCCACCGAGGCCAACAACUCCACCUUCUUCUCCGUGUCAUCCUCUGACCUGACGUCGAAGUGGCUGGGGGAGAGUGAGAAGCUGGUGAAGAACCUGUUUGAGCUGGCGAGGCAGCACAAGCCCUCCAUCAUCUUCAUCGAUGAGGUGGACUCGCUGUGCGGCUCCCGCAACGAGAACGAGAGCGAGGCGGCCCGGCGCAUCAAGACCGAGUUCCUGGUGCAGAUGCAAGGUGUGGGAAACAGCAGCGACGGGAUCCUGGUGCUGGGUGCCACCAACAUCCCCUGGGUGCUGGACUCGGCCAUCAGGAGAAGGUUCGAGAAGAGGAUCUACAUCCCCUUGCCCGAGGAGGCGGCGCGGGCCCAGAUGUUCCGGCUGCACCUGGGGAACACCCCGCACUCCCUGACGGACGCCAACAUCCAGGAGCUCGCCCGCAAGACCGACGGCUACUCGGGGGCCGACAUCAGCAUCAUCGUGCGGGACGCCCUGAUGCAGCCCGUGCGCAAGGUGCAGUCGGCCACACACUUCAAGAAGGUCCGUGGCCCCUCCCGCACCACCCCCGGGGCCCUCGUGGAUGAUCUCCUGACGCCGUGCUCGCCCGGUGACCCUGGGGCCAUCGAGAUGACCUGGAUGGAGGUGCCCAGUGACAAGCUGAUGGAGCCCGUUGUGUGCAUGUCAGACAUGCUGCGCUCGCUGGCCACCACCCGCCCCACCGUCAAUGCCGAGGAUCUCCUCAAAGUGAAGAAAUUCACGGAGGACUUUGGACAGGAAGGUUGAGGAGGGCAUGGGGGGGGGUGUGGGGUUGGGGCAGCUGCAGGCCCUGCUGUGCCCCCCUCCCCGGCCGUGCCAAACCGACUCGUGUUCGCUCACUCCUGCCCCACUGCACUGCGGGGACGCGGCCCGGGGGUCACACUGCGGGGGGGGGGUCUGAGCAUGGCCUGGGCGGCCGGGUCCCUCCCCGGCUGCGCUCCACUCUUCUUCCUGCUCUUUUUUUUUUUUUAUUUUUUAACUUAAUGCUGCUUUGGGUUCUGUCUUGUUUAUAUGAAAAUAAAAACAAUCCGAGUGCUUCA